AUGAGCAGUGCCCUUCCUCGAUCCACUACCACUCCCUCCGCGACCUGGCACGAUCAUGACCAGUAUCAGAGCAUGAGCCGCGGACAUUCCAACAGCGCCUCCUCGACUCAAUUAGCCUUAUCCAUGAUGCAGCCACAAAAUAGACCGCGCAAUGGCUUUGGCUCCAGCGGGGAAAAGGCAGUCCCGGUGCCUGGCUCAACCCUCGUUGGAAACGAAGUGGACAGAAAGAGCAGUCUAGGAAGUGGUCAGCCGUUGUUUGAUAUGGCUCGAAGUCCCCCCAAUGCCUCGAGCAAGAAUACAAAGCAUGUCCCUUGUAAAUUCUUCCGCCAGGGCGCUUGCCAGGCCGGAAACGCGUGCCCUUUCUCACACUCGCUUGAUCCAAUGAGCCAACAGGCGCCCUGCAAAUACUUCAUGAAGGGAAAUUGCAAGUUCGGAGCCAAGUGUGCUCUGGCUCAUUAUCUCCCAGAUGGGAGACGAGUCAAUCGAGCUGAUCUGGACGUCGGCCUCGCCAUGGCAGGGCGAAACUUCAACUAUCCAAAUCGGCAAGAUCAACCAUCUUUCCCCAAUCAAGACCCGAGCGUGGCAGACCUCGUGCUAAACCAGCCACCCUACGGACCAGACUACUUCCCAAAUCAAACAUUUCCUCUCAUGGAUGGUGACGAACCCGAUGCAUUCCAGGAUCGAUAUAAUCAAUAUCAAACGAACUCUGCUCUCGACUCAGGACUUAAUUCACCUCGAACGUCCCAGUUCGGUUCUCCUCCGAACGACUACCAGUUCCCUAAAUCCCCCGUUGAGAACCUUAGAACAGCUCUUAAUGCACCUUUGCCUCAGUCUUUCGACGCGAACGGCGUUUCACACAUAGCCAAAUAUGGACCUCUGGGUCAAUCCGUCCCAGACAAAUUUGGCAUGCGCUCCCCGGCAUCGUCUUCCCUUUCGAGACAACUUGGAAGUCCUCCCGAGUCUAUUGUCAAUGUUCGAAAUGCCAAUCUUGGCUCGAACUUGCGGAACGCGUCUCCUCUCGGAAUUUCCCCUCAAAAUGCGGAAGAGUCAAUCGGUCAGCGAAUAAUGCACUCUCAGAGAACCACCAAAACAAGAGGUCUGUCGGCAAGUGUUCCACGCUCAAAUCUGCCAUAUGACUGGGAGGAAGGACUGGGGGUUGAGACCGAUUUAUUGCCCAAUAGUUUACAUGACGAAGUCCUCACUCCGCAGGAAAAGAUGCGACGGAUGUCAAGACCGGAUCAUGAACCCGGUUCCAAGGAUUCUACGCAUGCUCUGACAAUACCAAGCGGAACCUCUAGCAAAGUCGGUUCGCCUCCCGCUGGAAGUCCUUCACGAUUUAGUGCUUUGUGGGCUGAGCAACGGGAAAAGAAAGCAGCAGAAACCAAUGGACCACCCAGCAUCGGCCAUGUGGGCUCACCUCUUCGUGGGUCUUGGAUGCCGAACGAAUCUUCGACGUCAAGUGUACCCAUUUCCGGAAUUUCUCAGGCGAUGGCGCGAAUCCAAUUGGGUCGAGUAGACUCUGGCGAAUUGAAUGGAGCCAGAGCCCAGUCCAGUGGUUUGAGGCAUUCCUCGGCGCCGAUUGGCCGUUUUGACCGUGGCAUAUCUAGCCCAGGCUUGAGUUCCAAGAAGAUCGAUGAGGAGGUUGAAGGGGUAUUCUUUCCCAUGGACGGUGACGACAAGACACUGAAUUGGUCCGGACAGUCACCGCGGCUGAUGCCCCUCCGCGAGAGGUCUAAUGGCGAUUUACCCGGAAGCAAGAAGGACAAUACCGUUGGAUCCGAGAAUGGGGUGAAAUCAAUGUGGGCAUUUCGAUCAUGA